UGAGCAGAGAGCUCCAAUAGACCCAGGUCCAGUGUCUUGGCAGGGUGAAAUGGCACUGAUAUGGUGUCCUGCAGGAUGCUGUGUCCUGCAAUCCUGUGUGCUGUGCUACAGACGCGUGUGGAGGUCAACCCAAAAUGGGCACAGUCUCACCACAGAAGAGUGAAAGAGGCUUUAAAACUUAAGGCCACCGCUAUGGAGGGAGCGGCUGCAACCGCCACCAGCGCAGCAGCUGCCCAACAAGCUCGACCCUCCGAUUCCUCCACCUCCAGCUCCUCCACCUCCUCUUCAAGUGACUCGGAGCCAGAGAGGAAGAGAAAGAAGAGGAACAAGAGAGACAGGAAAAAGAGAGAGAAGAAGAGGAAGAAGGACAAGCACAGACAGACAGAAGGAGAGAACUUGCGAACACUUGCACCCUAUUGCGGAGCUUGCCUUCAGGUGGGCACAUGCAGAAAAUUGAACAGCUUAAUGAUUAACAACGAUUUUUAGAACCUGAACAAGGACUGCCUGCUUACCUUUUUUUUUUUUCAUCUUUUUGAAAUAUCUAGCAGGUCCCCCUUUCUUUUCAGUUGCUGUAUCUCCUGCAUGUGCCCACCUGAUUCACACUGUGUGGCACAGUCCUUGGUGAAGUUAAAUAAACUAUCACCAUGUAAUCAUCAGGGCUGACCGUUGCAAGCUCCGCAAUAGGGGCUUGGUUGCAGAUGGUAUUUCUGUCGAUCGGAAUUUUUUCGUACGCCGCCGUCUUGCUUAAACCCUUUCUCACC